UCUCAAAUUCCCAGUCAUCAUCCACAACACAUUGUCGACAUGUUGCUCUUCUGUCCAACUUGCAGCAACAUGCUGCGCGUCUCCAAAGUGCCCCCCGGCGAUCCCUCCAUCGAGCAGUACGAAGGCCAGAAUCGUUUCGAGUGCAUGACAUGUCCUUACCAAUUCGUCAUCAACAAGCGAUACUAUGAAAGGAAGAUGCUGAAGAAGAAGGAGGUCGAAGAUAUUUUAGGUGGAAAGGACGCCUGGGCCAAUGUGGACAAGACCAAGGUGCAAUGUCCGAAUGAGAAGUGUAGAAACGAUGAGGCCUAUUGGUAUCAGCUCCAGAUUCGAAGUGCCGACGAACCCAUGACGGCUUUUUACAAGUGCACCAAAUGUGCCAAAGAGUGGAGAGAGUAGAGAUUCCGAUCGUUUCACGUUCGCAUUUACAGGUGUUCUGGUGCAAGGUUGCUUUUCCAAUACCCCGGCGUUUUCAUCUAUUGAAAUGAUAGGAUAUAUCCUUUUCCGUCAUAAACAUAUACAAACAUUCACCCGGACUCCCAACAUCUUCCAAUUACGUCACAUUUACAGAGAAUAUACUAGGCUUUCUCCUCUUGGAUACGAAUCCUCCCCAACGGGAUAUGCCGAGCAUUGUAUGGGCUUUGUCUAUACAAGCAGUGACGUAGGUGUCUCGUAUAUGAGUGUUUUGUAUGGUAUAAUUCAAAGCAGUAGAUGCCAUUUCUACACAUACAACACAGUGUUACUCCCACGGCCAAUC